AACAUCCUUUACUACUUUCUUGUGCAGAAUCAACAACUUUACUGAAUAUGGAAUUGAACCACUAGAUUUGUCUUUGAUGUCAUAGUCUUUCCAAUUACAGGGCAAGCUGCCCCGGAUCAACACUACAACGAAACGACGCCGAAGUCCAUACACAUCCUACUGGGUACCACCAACAUACAAAGUCAAUCCAACCAUACCUACCAACCAACACAAUGUCCUCCCGAACAUCAACACCACCAAUUCGCACCCACCCCGCCUCCUCCCCCGAAAAACUAACCCCCCUCUCAACCAUCACCACCACCACCCCAAACCCCAGUUUACCAAACUUCACAUCCCCAACCUUCGAUCCUGCCGACUACCUCAACGAAACCCUCCCACCUUUAACCCUCGCCUCCACACAACCAAACGCCUCCCGCGCCCCGGGCUCCGUCCCGCUGGCUGAGUUAUCGACGCAGGUGCAGGGCGUCGUGUCGAGUGUGAAUGCGCAAAAUGUUAGGUACUCGGGGGCGUUGACGACGCUUGUGGAUGAGAUUUUGAGGGGUGGGGGGAGACUUGCGUAUGAGGUUGAGGUGCUUCGGGGGGAGGUGCUGGGGUUGGUUGAUGGGUUGGUUGUUGAUGGGGAGGGUGGGGAUAUUGCGAGGUUUGUACCGCAGCAGCAAGCUCAACACGAAAAAGAAGAAGAGGGAGAACCAACAGAAACCGACCCCGAAACCAAAGACGAAGAAAAAGCAACACAAGACCCCGACUACAUCAAAAAACUCCGCACCCUCAACGCCGUCCGCGCCCGCCUCGACGAAGUCGUCCAAACCUUCGGCUCCGCAAUGGAAUGGCCGCUCCCGCCCUCCGAACUCUCGCUUACGUCCUCCUUCAUCUCUGUCUCCGCGCCAGACCUCGGCCCCGAGAGCCAAUCCCUCGAAGCCAAGGGCCAGGAGAUGAUGAAGAAGUUCCGGACCGAGGUUAAUGAGUUACUGGAUGGUGAUGAUAAGGGGGUUGAGGCUGCGGAACGGCGGGUGGAAGAGAUUGGGCGGUUGGCGGGAGUGUGGAGGGGGACUGCGGAGGAGAAGGCGAGGGGGAGGUUUGUGGAGGGAUUGGUAAAGGUUGUGGAGGAUAGGAGGAGGGUUUUGGAGAGUCAGGGGGGUCAACAAGGUGGAUCGGGGCAGCAGGGACAGGGAGAGGGACAGCAGCAGAGGAGUGAUGGGAGGACGACGGGGCAUCGGCGGCAGGAGAGUGAGGGGCCUGGGGGUGGGAUAUUUCGGAAUCUGCAGCGGUUACGGGACGAGAUAUAUCUGGACUAGUUUACUUAUACCCAUUGUCCAUACGAAAAGGAAGCUGUGU